CAGCCCUACGACGAAGCGCGUCAAGACAAACCGGACGCGAUGAACGCUCUGGGGUGUCUGGUGCUGCUCUGCAUCGGGAUCGCUGGGGUCCAGGGUCAAAGCCUGCCCUGUCCUCUCCCUCCAGCCCCAAAUCGAAUAGGACCGGGAUGCCCAGAGGGAUGGCUUCGAGACGGGAGCAGCUGCUACUGGUUCAACUACACGUCUAUUAUGUUCGCUGAUGCAGAGAAGGAUUGCCGCUGGAACGGCAGUCAUCUAGCCACCAUCCAUUCCCAACAGGAGUUGGACUACAUCAUCAGGACGUUCGGGGAGGACAGCUGGAUCGGGCUGAACUCGCUGAAGAGCGGAGGGGCGGCCUUCGAGUGGAUGGACGGAUCUCCUCUGGACUUCACCAACUGGAAUGCUGGGGAGCCGAGUGGGGGAGAUGAGAUGUGCGUGGAGAUGAUGCACUGGGAGGGCAAUCCAGCACAUGGCAAAUGGAACGACAUUCUCUGCUCCCAACCGCGACAGUACAUCUGCAAAAUUGAUCUCGGUGAGAGUAAUCUUCGCCGUCUUGAUAUUUACGACGGAGACUCAGAGAGAUUCGAAGUGCCGGCAGACUGGAACUACGUUACUCGUCCUGUGGAUCAGCCCCAGUACAAUUUGAUUCUCGACAGCGAAAGUAUCGGAUCUCCCUUCGGAUUCCGGAUCGAAAGAGAGCCUGACGGCGCAGUAAUAUGGGACACCUCGGUGGGUCGUGUGAUCUUCGAGGACCAGUUCCUGCAGAUCUCCACCCUCCUCCCGUCCGAAGACGUGUAUGGAUUCGGAGAGAACACGCACGAGACCUUCCGUCAUGAUUUCUCGGCUGCUCUCACUUUCGUCGUGUCUGCCAAGGAUGAACCUCCUUUUGGGGGAACUAAAAAUCUCUAUGGAAGCCUUCCGCUUUAUCACUGCAUGGAAGAUGCACAGGGGAAUACUCAUGGAGCCCUUUUCGUCAACAGCAAUCCCCUGGAGUAUGAAUUUCGCCGGACGAGUGGAGGGGACCCGUCUUUGACCCUUCGUUCCAUCGGUGGCAUUUUUGACUUCCACAUCUUCAUGGGACCGGACUACAACUCCAUCACUGAGGAUUACACUGAAUUAGUCGGGAGGCCCAUGAUGCCGUCCUAUUGGGCUUUGGGCUUCCAAAUCUCUCGGUAUGGCCAUCCGAAUCUGCAGUCGUUCAAGAACGCCGUCCAAAGAACAGUCAAUGCCAACAUCCCUCUCGAUGUGGUGCACGGAGACAUCGAUUACAUGAGGGGGAUGAUGGACUUCACUAUCGAUCAGGUUAACUGGGCUGGAUUCGGCGAUUACGCGGCCGAAAUAAAAGCUCAAGGCAUCAGGACCGUCAUCAUUCUGGAUCCAGCUAUAGUGGCAGACUUCACGGAAAACUACCCACCGGCGCUACAUGGAUUCGAUGCGGACGUGUAUAUGAAAUGGGCCAACGAUUCCUUGGUCCCAGAUGACCAGGAACCGACUGCCCGGAAUUACAUGUUGGGAUACGUGUGGCCUGCGGCGAAAACCGUCUUCCCAGACUUCUUCAAACCUGCCACAGCAGACUGGUGGGUCGCCGAAAUCAAGGAUUUCCACGACAAUCAACUUGCAUUCGACGGGAUAUGGAUCGACAUGAACGAACCGGCGAAUUUCGGGACGAACCUGGAGCAACCGUGGAACUGGCCCCCAGAUAAACCACCCUGGAGCCUGAAAUGCCCAGAGACGAAAUGGGACUAUCCUCCCUACCUGACUCGAGUCGUUCACUUUGGAGCAGGCAGUGGGACGCUGGCGGACAAGACAGUCUGCUUCUCUGGGGCCCAUGAGAUCAACGGGAAGGUCGAGCUCCAUUACAACGUCCAUAACAUGUACGGCUGGAGCCAGAGCGAGCCUACACUCAGAGCGGCCAGGGAGGCGACGGGUACUAGAAGCAUGGUCUUCUCCAGGUCAACCUACCCGGGCAGUGGUCGAUGGGCGGGUCAUUGGUUUGGGGAUAAUUCAGCAACGUGGGUAGACAUCCAUCGUUCCAUCAUCAACAUGUUCGAGUUCAACAUGUUCGGGAUACCGUAUUGCGGAGCUGACAUUUGCGGCUACUUUAAUCUUCCAUCCGAGAAUAUGUGUCUGAGAUGGAUGCAGAUGGGCGCCUUCUAUCCGUUCUCCCGCAACCACAAUGGAGAUUUCAGCGGGGAACAAGAUCCAGCUCUCUGGGACAACGUUGCUGAGGCGUCUCGUCGGGCUCUAAGCAUCCGAUAUUGGUUCCUACCAUAUCUCUAUACCCUGCUCUACGAGGCCCACAGAGAUGGUUCCACCGUGGUGAGGCCCUUGUUGGCCGAGUUCCCCACUGACCUCGUGGCGAGGGGAGUCGACGACCAGUUCCUCUGGGGAUCAAACCUCCUCAUAUCCCCCGUGAUCACCGAAACACCUUUGGAGUCUCGCAGUGCUCAUUUCCCUGCAGCUCGUUGGUAUAAUUACCAUACUCGAGAAAUGGAAUUCGAGGGACCAACCACUACAACCAUAGACGUCCCCUUGUUGGAUAUCCCGGUUCACAUGAGAGGAGGCGGGAUUUUCCCCAUGCAGGAACCAGCUGCCUCUACCAUGCUCAGGUCAGUUCAGGUCUAAACACUGCUUAGAAACGACGAUCGAAUGAUGACUCUACGCGUCAACUGUGAUUUGCUAGGGACUUCGUACCGCCUCACAAAUGGAUUAAAUGCUCUGAAAAGGAUAUUAGCAUUUGAACAAGUGGGGAUCUGGUUUCCCAUACUUUCUUCGAUGAAGAAUCGGCUUUCCCAUAACCUUUUCAUGACUGAUCCUGUAAUUCUUGUUGGAACUUUAAAAGAAGUUUUUACGAAGAAGAGUUCUGGAAUAAUAUGAUACUCUCUUUGUAUAUUAGGACAGCUAAAAAUGUAACUUUAACCGGAAG